AUCUCGCAAGAAAAGCUCAGUGAAAAAAAUCUUAGCAACGAGGGCUUUGUUUUCGUCUCAAAAAUCAAAAUAGGCACGUAGCAGCAUGCCCAUUUUGAGAAAUUUACAGAUUUCAAAAUUUUGAAAGCUGUGGAUAUAUAAUUUGUAGAUGUGAAAUAUGAAAAGAAGUUGCAGAGGCAAUUCAAAAGGGGAUCUGUCUACUGUCUAGGCAGCUCUGCUUUUUACUCCUCUCCUAUGCUUUGAUUAACUAUAAAUUUUCCGUUUUGUCACCGUCACCGCCGACUGCCUUCUUCAGAUCUGAAGAAGGCAACGGUCGCCUUCCUCUAAUCUGAAGACCAAUCACGUUGGUGUUCUUCUAUCUGAUCUGGUGGAAGAACAUACAGAGUCUUAUAUAUCUCCUUCGUCUAGCUUCCUGCAAAUGAGUAAGUAGCAUUAUAUACAUUAUAUUAUUGGGGAAAUUAAAUCUGAAGCUAAUAAUUAACCACUUGAGAUGUUACUUUGUUGAUGGAGAUGGAAUGACAGACUUAGCAUUGCUGAAUUGAAGAUGCGUUGUUGAUUAGGCCUUUCCGGUAAUCUGACCCUGAAGCUCGUGCCAUUGAAGAACAUCAUGAUGAUUCUACAAUAGUUAAUUUUGAUUAUGCAUUUCAGCCUUAGCAUAAUUUUGAUUUAUUUUCAAAACUAUUGAAAUUUUACCGGCUACCGUAGUUUAAUUUUUCCGGUUUCAAUCUCCGUUAGCCGGACUCGACCGGCGACCGUGUAAGUAAGAAAACCUCGCUUUUGGUCUCGACCAUCGUCGCUCCGUUGCUGCCAUGGGGUAGUAUGGCGGUGGACGACGACAGUGAAGCUGCAGCGACGCUGUUGGUGGUUACCGUCAACCGAGGUGCGAAGGUAGCAUCCGGUCAUGGCUAGGGAUGAAACAGCGCCAUGGGUUCCGGCGGCACCGACUCUAACCAAUUGAGCCUCGCUGUCAACACCUCUCAGCGAGAUGGACGUAGAGAGAUAAUGAUGGAGAAAAUCCCAAUGCUAUGCUUGCUCCCUCCUCCGCCGUGCUCCUCCGCUUCCUAUCUCAGGCUUAUAUGUAGUUGAAGCGGAAGAAUGAGAGAAAAAAGAGCGGAGAUAUGGCUGUGCCCGACGAUGACGAUGCUGUGAUCACCAUCUCCAAUCCUCCCGUCAACGCGUUAGCCGUUCCGAGAAGUGGGAGGAGAUUCUCUGUUAGUUUUGACAUCAAUGUUUUUGAACAAGUUCACAAGCAUGAUGGCAAAAAGCCUGCUGCUGCUGCUGCGAUACAAGGAGGAGGUGGCUUAGAAUUGGCAUUGGUACACAACGUCUUCCAAGGCUUGUGGGAUUGCGGAAGACUUGUGGGAUUGCAGAAAGGUGUUGAAAUGAUGCUGACAUCUAAACCCAUAUUGUCUGAAGGGAAGAACUUAGGUCUUAUUGAUGCAAUUGUGUCCCCAGCAGAAUUGAUUAAAGUGUGACGGCAGUGGGCACUGGAUAUUGCAGAAAGGCACAAACCUUGGAUGCGAUCCCUUCAUACUUCAUAGGACUGACAAACUAUGCUCCCUUUCAGAAGCACCGGAUAUUCUGAAGCUUGCUAGACAACAAGAAAAGCAGACUGCUCCCAAUAUGCCUCAACACCUGGGUUUGCCUUGAUGUGAUUGAAGAAGGCAGUGUUCAUGGAGGAUACAUUCCCUAUGGGUCCAUUCCAGUAAUUUCUUUCCUUCAUAUACACAGCUCAUUAAUCGAAAUUCAUAUGAGCAUUUUCUGAAACAGAAAACAUUUGUGUUUUAAUUAAUAUAUACAAACAUGAGUGAAAUAAUAAGUUAUUCAA